AUGUCCUGUGAUCCGCGCCGUUGGACCCGAGUAGACGGAGUUGACAAAGGCCGUGUGGUGAUUGCCCUCGUGGUAUUGGACAGCGUCCUGGGUGAUCAGGUUUGGGCCUUGGCGGGUUUGGCGACGAUCGACGUGACGCGCACAAGCGAAGCUGAGAAGGCGUUGAUGGAAUUUGUCGGCCAAUUGAACGAGAAGCUGCUGGAUUGGAAGAGCUCUUUUGGGAGAUCCGGCGUGGACAGGGGAGCCGAGGUCAUCCAUCGUUUCAGAAAACGGCUGUUGGGCAUCGCGAGUUGUUCCAAGUGGGGCAAGGAUCAACUUGACAAGAUGAGGCCACAGACAGGAGCGAAUCCUUCUUGGCCUCCAUCCUUGCACCCUGUGCUGAAUCGUCCUCUGGAUGCCACACCCAUCAUCCAGCAAGCCGCAAGCCAGGCUGGGGAGAUUUUGGAUUCCGUCAUCAAGGAAGAUGCCUUCGCGCAAGCCUUCGCGCAGCAUUGCCUGGAGGUUGCCUCAGCCUUCAACACGAGAGCGCGCAUAAAUAGGUGGCCCCACGAGAUGCUGGAUUCCAUCUACAGCAUGUCUGUGCAGGAGUCAACUUUGCCACAAUCACGAAUGCUGGGGACGCACUAUCCUGAAAAGUUCCUGCGAGCAGACUGGCCGAGUGAUGCGAGUUGGCAUUACGAGAUGCUGGAUUCCACCUACAGCUUGACUGUGCAGGUGUCAACUCUUUCACAUUCACAAAAGCUGGGGGCACACUAUCCUGAAAAGUUCCUGCGAGCAGACUGUAAGAGUGAUACGAGUUGGCAUUACGAGAUGCUGGAUUCCAUUUACAGCUUGUCUGUGCGGGAGUCAACUUUGCCACAAUCACGAAUGCUGGGGACACACUAUCCUGAAAAGUUCCUGCGAGCAGACUGGCCGAGUCAUGCGAGUUGGCACGAGAUGCUGGAUUCCACCUACAGCUUGACUGUGCAGGUGUCAACUUUUACACAUUCACAAAAGCUGAGGCCACACUAUCCCGAAAAGUUGCUGCGAGCAGACUGUAAGAGUGAUACGAGUUGGCAUUACGAGAUGCUGGAUUCCAUCCACAGCUUGUCUGUGCAGGAAUCAUGUCUGCCACAAUCACGAAUCCUGGUGACACACUAUCCUGAAAAGUUCCUGCGAGCAGACUGGCCAAGUGAUGCGAGUUGGCAUUGCGAGAUGCUGGAUUCCACCUGCAGCUUGACUGUGCAGGUGUCAACUCUUUCACAUUCACAAAAGCUGGGGGCGCACUAUCCUGAAAAGUUCCUGCGAGCAGACUGUAAGAGUGAUGCGAGUUGGCAUUACGAGAUGCUGGAUUCCAUCUACAGCUUGACUGUGCAGGUUACAACUCUGCCGCAACAAAUGCUGGGGGCACACUACCCUAAAAAGUUCGUGAUAGCAGACUGGCCGAGUGAUGCGAGUUGGCUUCACGAUGCAUUUGCCGAGGCUAUCCUGAAAAAACAACAACAGGCCGUGCUUUUGGGUGAGCAGCAUCUGCAAGUCCUAGGCCCAGGGUCUAGCUUGGAUGAUGCAGAUGAGGCCAUCGCAGCCGCCACAGAGAUCUUGUUUUGGUCAAGUUCCUCCGAUGAUGCCCCAGCUGCAUCCGAUUCGUUGGCAUCAGCGACCGCCACGGGGCAAACAGACAGCAUGUGGGCGCGACGGAUGCUGGCACCUGACACCUUGGAGCUCGUGAGACAGCUCGUGAAUGUUUGGAGACUUGCGGCACAUCGUGAGUUGCACCGUCAUUUAAACACUGCUGAUACCGCUGCUCUCCAGGAUGCUGCCAAUGUGGUGAACAAGUUCGUUAAGAACGACCAAGAGUUGAACAACGCAGUCAAAGCGAGGGUUCUGCUUGUGAACGAACGGCUGGCAAAGGAAUCGCAGGAUGCAGGUGAUCUGGAUGGUCAUUCCUUGGCAUGUGCUGUUGUACAGGCAUUGGAGCCCAAAGUAUCCCUCAUAUUUCUGCUCGACCAAUCAGGUUCAAUCACUCAGCCUGUUUUUGACGGCAUCCUGAAGAAUUGUGCCGAGCAGCUCGUACAGUUUCUCGUGCAGCGACGAAGGGAGGUUGGUGGGCUUGAGUUUGCAGCCGUGGCUUUUGGGCCUGUCGAAACAAUCAGCGGCUUCACUACCGAAGGGCAAGUCUUUGCUGACAGAAUCAGAAAACACGUCUAUGGCGAGGAACGAACUCCCACUGACAAAGCCUUUCGCCGUGCGCUAGACUUGUUUGACGAGCAAUCUUCUUCGGCUGCCUCGGCAGUACGAUUGGUCUUCCAUUUCACGGAUGGUGUUCCCGACGAGCUUCAAUCGGCAAAGGACGAGCUGGCGGCACUCCAGACGCAGAGUGGCGCGGUGGUGGUUGGAAUCGGGAUUGGCACUGGCAUCGAAUUUGGCCGACUGAGAGCAAUUAGCAGCAAAGGCUUAGCGAUUCACAUGGCAGACUUCGACCACCUAAGGACGAGUCUACAUCGAGCCUUCGAACUGAUCGAUGAGGCACAGGCGCAGUGCAAGAGCGUGAGUUCAGAGGACGUCUUGAAUGAGAUGCAGCGGUCGAUCCAAAGAGCUGUGGCCUGA